AUUCGUAUAAAUGUUUCGUUUGCUGGCCGGAAGCGAGCCAGAACCAAAAUCCAGUGAUCAUCUUCAGGAACCCCUAAGUUUGAGGGAAGAAUUCCGGAUCCGUAGAUUCGGGCUAGGUCAUCCCUAUCCUUUAGAUUUUCUACGUUCCCAAUGGCAAUCAAAACCAAAAUCUUCUGUUUUUUUGGCCUAUCGUUGGCUAAUGGGCGGCUUCUUCGGUGUGGGCGUAAUCAGUUAUUUCACUAAGUAUUACCGUCAAGGAAAUUGUUUCAUCUUCCUGACCAACUGGGGAUUUAUUAUGUGCGGUAUUACAAGUAUCACAGGCGCCAUACUUGUGACUGUUUAUCACUGCAAACGGGAAAUAUGGGUUCCCCCAAGAUGCUUGGUCAAGACCUAUUGGGCAUGCUAUUGGAUUACAAUAAAUAUUGAAUAUAUAAUCGCCCUUACUUAUUGGACAGCCAUAUAUCCCGAAGAUCGGGUGCUAACUAACCCUAUUCGAAUUUCGGAUUUCUACAAUAUUUGGGUACAUCUACUGCCGCCGAUUUUCUUCACCAUUGAUCAUUUUAUAGUGGCGCAACCAGCCCGUCUUCUGCACUUUGUCUAUCCACUGGCAUUUGGCUAUUCAUAUGGAAUAUUUGCGCUUAUAUUUUAUAAACUGGGUGGUCGGAAUUUAAAUGGAAAUUCCUAUAUAUAUACUUUUCUGGACUUUACGAAACCAAAGCAAGUUGUAAUAGCCGUGUCACUGCUAAGUUUGGUAUUGGUUGGCUUGUCCUCCCUGCAAUAUGGAGUAUAUCGGUUGAGAACAUUCAUAGCACGCAAAACGGGGAAGCUUCAUUGAGGCUCCCCUAAUAAUUGCAUUAAAGUGAUGCGUGCCAAAACUUAAAAAAUAA